UUGAUGUACUGUUCUGAAUUCAGUAUCACAGAGAGCAGCAGUAACACUUAAAUGUCUGCCUGUGAUUCACCACCAUGAUUACAAGACGACGAACAUCGAACAUAAGAAAGGGAAAGAAAACGAAAAGAGACUGAAACACUGGACACAAUUCAAUAUCUCAAACAAAUAUAUAUUUUUAGAAAACAUAAUAAUAAUAAGAAAAGAUUAAAAAGAAUAGAUCUUUCAUAUAUAAUCUCAAAGAUAAGUGCCAAAUUGCACAUCUAGUUCAAACGAAAAGAAUAUACCCCUUCCACAAAUGAGAUAAGUUCGUUAGCAUGGCCUCUUCUUCUUCUUCUCCUCCUUCUCUACUUGCCUCUCCUCAUUUUACUCCUAUUCAAGAAUGCGAAGAACGAGAACAAGAAGAUGAAGAGAGAAACCAAAAUAUGGCAACAACACCGAAACCGACACCAAGUAGUUCUGUGGAUAAAAGAGAGACUCCAAAGCACCAGCCAACACCUCUCCAUGUCAAAAACGGCAAAACCAACUUCAAGAAACGGCAUGAUAACUGCAGUGGAGAAGAAGAAGAUGGUUCUGUUUCUUGUAACAAGUGUCGUCCACACUCCAGAGAGAAAAUCUCUGUUGUUCCUUUGGAUACUAAUGGCCUAAACAAGAACUCUUCUUUUAUCGCCAGUCCUAAUGGACUCUUUAAAUCUCUCUUCUCCUCUUUAACGAGAAAGAGUCCAAAAUCUAUAGAUGUAUCAACUUCAAGAGAUGAACAAUGGAAGAUUGCCAUAGCUGAGCUAUCACAUAAGUUGAUUCAAGCAACAAGGAAGAGAGAUGAAGCAAUUCUUGAAGCUUCAAGGUUGAAGUACUCUAUGUCAGAACUUGAAAAGAAGCUUAAUAAGCUUGAAGUUUACUGUCAUAAUUUGAAGUCAGGACUUGAUGAGUGUAGCAGCAAUUCACCGUACCGGAAUGGGAAAGGUUUAACUAUCUAUCAACGAAAUAGUGUUAAUGAAAAGGUGAUAGAGCUAUUUUUGGUUUCAGUUUCUGAAGCAAGAUCUUCAGUUAGGCUAUUGAGCAGGUCACUUACUAUGCAACUAAGGCAUAUGGGAGGCAGAGUUUUUGAGAGAAUAUCUGUUCUGCUUCAACCUUAUGAUGUAAAGAUUUCAUCCUCUAAGAACCCUAAAAGUAUUCUUUUUUAUCUUGAAGCCUUAUUGAAUAAAACUUUCUUUGAAGAUUUUGAAUCUGUUGGGUUCCAGAAAAGUUCUAUAAAUUCGAUAUUGAACCCAAUUGAUAGAUGUGAAGCAAACUAUGCAUCUUUUAAUGUGCUAAAAGAGUUGACAUGGGAGGAGGUUUUGAGUAAGGGGACAAGGCAUUUCAGUGAAGAGUUUAGUAAGUUCUGCGACAGAAAAAUGAAUGAGAUUGUGGCUAUGUUGGGAUGGAAUAGAGCAUGGCCUGAGCCACUUCUGCAAGCUUUUUUUGGUGCUUCUAGAAAUGUAUGGUUGGUUCAUCUUUUAGCUAAUUCAGUGCAUCCUGGUUUGCCAAUCUUUAGGGUGGAUAAGUGGGUUAGGUUUGACUCAGUUUACAUGGAAGAUAUGGGUGGAGACAGAGCUAAAAAGUUGGUCCCAACCAUAGUCCGGAUCAUGGUUGCACCUGGGUUCUAUGUUUAUGGCAAUGUGGUCAAGUGCAAGGUGCUUUGCAGUGAUCAGGAUAUGCAUCUUGGAGUACUGAAAUGGCCAAUUGGGGAUUUUUGGGUCAAAGUAAGAAAUUGGCAUUUUCUGGUUAUUUUGUUUUAUUCUUGUUUGGUCAAUUUUUAUCGUCAUAUUUGCUCAAAAUGCUUCUUGGGAAUUACAUUUUUUGUUAAACCAGAUAGUUAAGUGUUUGCAAUGAGUCCUAAUUCCUAACUCUGUGGAUGAAAAAAAAAAAAAAAGAAAAAGAAAACACCCAUGUGGAUGAGAUGCUUGUCUUGUGACCAUUUUUUGGAUUUUCUAUAUUUCUAUCCCAAGUUGUGGAAGUCCAUCCAUAAGUGGGCAUCCUGCCAAUUCAAAACCUGAAGGUCUGGCUAAAAUAUCCAGCUCAUUUCUUAUAUCUCAUAUUCAUUGUUUUAAGUUGCUUUGUCAAGAACUUGCCAAAUGAUCCUCUGUUUUUCCAUUUAUCUUUUCUCUUUAGGAGUUCAAUUUUUGGGGUUUCUGAUUUGAGUUCAAACUUCAUGUCUUAAGUCGCAUAAUAUUUCCUUUUUCUUUGUAUGAGUAUUUGGGGAAGGGAUUAUAGUUGAAACUUAGCCUCAUGUAUUAGCUAUAUAUAAACAUUUUUCAUGCAUAUCAUUUGAUGCUCAUUGGCUUUUAUUAUGUUUAUAACAAGUUAAUGAACAGUUUUAAAACAAAUUCUUGAUUGAUAUUUUGCUUCUGAAAGCGUUCCAAGUUAAUGCAGGUGGAACCAUAUUUACUGCCAAGAAUUUUUGGUGUCAGAGCAAAUACUGAUUAUGGCUUUGAAUUUCAGAGAAUACUAUAAUUUAGAUUUAACAUUGCAUAUUAGCUAGUACCUUCCUGUAUCAGGGGAGAGGCAGUUGUUGGAAAAGGGCAUCAGAUUUGGAAGCUUUAUUAUGGAAAAACAUGCAAGUACUGUAGUUAAGUAGCGGCUGGCCUUCCUAAUCUGUCUGUGAUUUGGUUGCUUUUAUGUGGAUGUGGAUAAGGGAUUGUUGAUGUUCAUUUGUCUCAACUCUCAAAAGCUUUUCAAUAGAGCCAUGAUGGCCAAUGAUUUUUGCAGA